GAGGAGAUAUUAUAAUUGAAAGACCCAGCAUGUAAACUCUCGGCAUAUAUUGCACAUCUGGUGAGGAGUCGUUUCUGGCAGUUUAUAGAUCUUGUAAAUAGGAUAUAUGCGAGUCUGUCAUGGGGUUAUUACCGUUGUGAAAUCGAUUCCUCGUGCGGUGGGAUAUAUUUAAAAAUGUCUUCUGGACCAGGCAGCAGCGUCUGUCCAAAGUUAUUAAUAUCGUCUCAGUCUUGUCCAGCGAGUGCCACAACCAGGCUAAUUGAGCAGAAUGUACACAGUGAAGCGGCUCAGGGAAUAAAUGGAAGUGUGCCAGUUAAACCUUCCCCACGUUCAGCUUCAAAUCCAAAGCCACAAGUGCCUCCAAAGCCAAUACAUCUGCAGAAUUUAUCACCUGUUACAUACCAAACCCCUAGGCAUAAAGCUUUAUCAAAUCAGAAACCAAGGAUGGAGGAAGAUAUACCUACCCCUGCUUCUAGUGUCACAAAGGAGAAGUCCAGUAAAGUGUCAGAUCUCAUCAAUCGUUUCGAAGGAGGCAGCCCCUUGAAUCAUAGUGAAUUGAAGAAAGAGUCCUCCGUUCUCAACAUUUCUAAAUCUCAAGGAAGAUAUGGGUCAACACCAUCACCUCAGCCAAAACUCCCCUCCCAGCACCCACUACAGAAACAGGGAAAUAGUAAUACCGACAAAACUCAGGUUGCACAGAUACACACGGCCAACGGAGUAGUAGCACAAGACCAGGUGGAACGUGAGGAGAGGAGAUUGCCUGAUUAUAGCUCCACUGUGUCCACCCUGGUUCCAGAUAAUUCAGUCAGCAGUAGCUUGGUAAAUGGGGAAAGAGAAAGCACUACCAGAGAGUCAUUGCAGACUACAACUGCUUGUGAAGGACAGAUGCUUAAUAGCUGCUACAGGACUCCAAGCAGUGAUACACUGCUCCCACCUGAAAAAGAAACUCUAGAAAUUAAUGCUAAUGUGAAGGAAGAACCAGAUGAGGAAAUCACUAAGCAAGAUCAACCUGUAGAAACAAAGGAGACAGAUGAAGAGAAACGUCACAAAAUUGCCAAUGAACUUCUGCAUACAGAAAAAGCCUAUGUUAGCCGACUUGACCUCCUAGAUCAGGUAUUCUAUUCCAGACUCCUAGAAGAAGCUAACAGAGGCUCAUUUCCAGCUGAAGUGGUUAACAAAAUCUUUUCUAAUAUUUCAUCAAUAAAUGCCUUCCACAGUAAAUUCUUACUUCCAGAACUUGAGAAAAGAAUGCAAGAAUGGACUACCACCCCCAGAAUUGGAGAUAUUCUGCAAAAGUUAGCUCCUUUCCUCAAGAUGUACGGAGAGUACGUGAAGAACUUUGAUAAUGCGAUGGAAUUGGUGAAAAUGUGGACUGAACGGUCACCUUUAUUCAAAUUCAUUAUUCAAGACAUUCAGAAAGAAAAAGUGUGUGGAAAUUUGACAUUGCAACAUCACAUGCUAGAACCAGUACAACGCAUUCCACGCUAUGAGAUGCUUCUAAAGGACUACCUAAGGAAAUUGCCUCAGGAUUCCCUUGACUGGAAAGAUGCUGAAAAAUCCCUGGAAAUUAUAUCUACUGCAGCAAGUCACUCUAAUAGUGCAAUAAGAAAAAUGGAGAAUCUAAAGAAAUUGUUGGAGAUAUAUGAGAUGCUGGGAGAAGAGGAAGACAUUGUCAACCCUUCAAACGAGCUGAUAAAAGAAGGACAGAUCCUUAAACUUGCUGCUCGCAAUACAUCCGCUCAAGAACGUUAUCUUUUCUUAUUUAACAACAUGUUGCUCUACUGCGUACCUAAAUUCAGCUUGGUAGGAUCAAAGUUCUCAGUUCGAACCCGAGUUGGCAUAGAUGGUAUGAAGAUUAUAGAGACUCAUAAUGAAGAAUAUCCACACACUUUUCAAGUGUCUGGAAAAGAGCGAACACUGGAGUUGCAGGCCAGUUCUGAACAAGAUAAGGAAGAAUGGAUAAAGGCGCUUCAGAACACUAUAGAAGCUUUUCAGCAGAGGAAUGAAACCUUCAGAAAUGCUAUUGCUAAAGAAUAUGAAGACAUGCCUACUGAAGUUUCUAACGCUGAGCUUGGGAAGAGAGCACCAAGGUGGAUACGCGACAACGAAGUAACCAUGUGCAUGAAGUGCAAAGAGCCCUUCAAUGCACUGACAAGGAGAAGGCACCACUGUCGAGCAUGUGGACAUGUGGUUUGCUGGAAAUGUUCUGAUUAUAAGGCUUCUCUCGAAUAUGACAGCAAUAAAUUGAACAAAGUCUGUAAGGACUGCUAUCAUGUUAUAACAGGUUGUACAGACAGUGAAGAAAAGAAGAAAAAAGGCAUCUUGGAGAUUGAAUCUGCUGAAGUCUCUGGAAACAGUGUAAUAUGUAGCUUUCUUCAAUAUAUGGAAAAAUCAAAGCCCUGGCAGAAAGCAUGGUGUGUUAUACCUAAACAGGAAGCCCUAGUGCUGUACAUGUAUGGUGCUCCACAGGAUGUUAAAGCUCUGGCUACAAUUCCACUUCUGGGCUAUACAGUAGAUGACACUCCAAGAAGUGCUGACCUCCCACACAGCUUCAAACUGACCCAGUCAAAGUCUGUACAUAGCUUUGCUGCAGACAAUGAGGAACUGAAACAGAAAUGGCUAAAAGUUAUCCAUUUAGCUGUCAAAGGUGAGACACCAGAAUGUCAAAAUGAACUGCAAGUGAAUUUAGAAGAGCAGCCUGAAUCUUCUAAAAAAUCUGAAUGCUGAAGCUCAAGAGCACAUGGUAUUUUAAAAGAUUUCAAUUGAAUUCGUGGUUAACCUUCCUUGUGUUAACCUUCCUUUGCUCAAUCAAAAAAAAAAAAAAAAAAAAAGAAAGAAACAAACUUCUAACUACCAUACACAUCUUAGCACUUUAUGUUUGGGAAAUGUUUGGGAAAAAUUCUGGUCUUUUUAGAGAUCUUUUUCUUAUAUUUAUGUUCUGUCAAUAAAGGUGAUAUACAGGUCCAUUUGA